GAGUGUGACGGAAGCUGACUAAUGGAUUGAGACUAACGGCGGAUAUGCUGAGGUGUCGGUGACGGGGGAGUCACCUGGGAGAAAGCUCUCCGACUCCACCUUAUAAGAGUGAUCCAGUAAAGAGGGGGAACAUGAAGCAGCUUCAGACACCAAGAGGGAAGACAAGACAACUCUGGACCCAGGUUAUUACCCCCUCCUUUGAAGCUCAGCAAACCACAGAAGCUACAGAAAUGAUGAGCGCUCACUCUCUGGCUGGACUACUGCUCCUCAUCAUUGUCCACAGCAGCUGGCAGGCGACCGAUCAGGAUACAGACCGAAACACCAUGCUUUUGUCUGAAAACUCUGAGCUGAACGAACCCAUCGAACUCCCAAACAUGAAGAGACAUUCAGAGGGAACUUUUUCCAAUGACUACAGCAAAUACCUGGAGACAAGAAGAGCACAAGACUUCGUCCAGUGGCUUAAGAACUCAAAAAGGAACGGUCUAAUUAGACGCCAUGCUGAUGGCACCUACACCAGUGACGUGAGCUCCUACCUGCAGGACAAGGCAGCCAAGGAGUUUGUGACCUGGCUGAAGACUGGCCGAGGCAGGAGAGACUAAACUCAACUAGAGUUCCCUAAAAAAUAAUAAACCUCAACAAUUCACCCCCACUCUGUGCUGUUAUAUUUUAUAAUC